GUGCCUCUGCUUCCCGUACUCGCCGUUAUGCCUGCAGACUACAGGGGCGGUCUUAGCGAGGCAUCGAGAUCGGUGAAACUAGUCUGCUGAGGUAGGUACUGCAGCCGAUCCUGACAGAAUCCGAGAAAAUGACUUCGGUCCACUGUACUGACUCCCCCACGUCCGCCUACCCUCCUAGUGAGAACGACUUUGCAGAAAACUUGACGAACUUGAGCAGGGACGAGUCGACGACGAACCGCACAGAUCUAGGCUUCAUGGACGAUGUAGGCUUCUGCGGCGCCGCAUGUAUCCUGACCAUGUACGAGAUCUCCCUGCCGGUCAUCAUCACGGGCGCCCUGACGUUCGUGGUCGGCAUCAUCGGGAACUCCCUGGUCAUCUUCUCGGUCUGCCGAAACAAGUGCCUCCGCACCGGCAUCAACUUCUACCUGGUGAGCCUGGCCAUGGCGGACCUGGUGACGGCGGCGGUGUUCGCCCCGAUGGAGACGGUAGAGUUCUUCCUGAAGGACUGGCAGCUCGGCCUGUUCGCCUGUAAGGGGGUGGCGUUCGUCCAUCUCCUGACCAGAACCUGCUCCGCUCUCACCCUCACCGCCAUCGCCGUGGAAAGGCAUGACUCGCCCAUAUGAAACAUACAGGUAAAAAUGCACAGAAUAACAA